GCUGUGAGCGCUGUGGACACGCCUCUCUGUUUGGAGGUAUAAAAGAGUGCGCAGUGUCUGUAGUUCUCAUUCACUGCCAGUGAGAAGAAACAUGCUCAAGUUCGUCGUUCUGGUUUGCCUUGCCGCUUCCGUGGCUGCUGAAGCAGCAGCUGAUGCUGAUGCCUACUAUGGAGUCUAUGGAUAUGGUGGCUAUGGAGCUUUUCCUUAUGGAUAUUCCAGAGGAUAUUACGGCUACGGUUAUGCAGCCAGGCCCUACGGCUACGGACACUACCUAGGCAAGAGGUCUGCUGAUGCUGAGCCCACUGCUGAUGCAGAGCCUACUGCCGCUGCUGAGCCCACCGCUGAUGCUGAUGCCUACUAUGGUGUAUACGGAUACGGAUAUGCUGCUCCCUAUGCCUACAGAGCCUAUGCUGCUCCUUAUGCUUAUGGAUACAGUGCCUAUGCCCACCCUUAUGCCUACGGACACUACUACGGACGGUACCUAGGCAAGAGGUCUGCUGAUGCUGAGCCCACCGCUGAUGCUGAUGCUGAUGCUUACUAUGGAUCUGGAUAUCCCCUUGCCUACGGAUACGGAUAUGCCCACCACGGAUAUGGAUAUGGAUAUCCCCGAGCCUACUACGGAUAUGGUUAUGGCAGAUAAUUCAAAUCCUGAUCAGUUGUUAACAUCAAAAUAUUUAUAGAAAAGGCAGAAUGAUCAAAUCUCACUGGCAUGAGUUCAGUGCCCAUAGUUUAUUCUAUGGUGUAGGAAUUUUGAAUCAUUAAAUAAAUCUUAUUGAAAUUUUUGAA